AUGGCCUCACCCAGCAGCCUGCUGUCCGAAGAGCAGUUCCUGUGCUCGAUCUGCCUGGAUGUGUUCGCCAGCCCGGUCUCCCUUCCCUGCGGGCACAACUUCUGCCAGGCCUGUAUCGGGGGGUACUGGGACAGCGGGGGGGGUUGUCAGUGCCCGCUGUGUAAGAAGACUUUUCCUCUAAGGCCUGAUCUCAGCGUUAACAGGUUUAUUGAGGAAAUGGCUGAGCAGUUCAGGAGGACAAGAUUAGACCGCGCUGAUGGGGGCGCCGCCGGCCCAGGGGAGGUGCCCUGUGACGUCUGCGCCGCGGAGAAGCUCAGGGCGGUGAAGUCCUGCCUGGUGUGUCUGGCCUCCUACUGCGACGAGCACGUCCAGCCGCACUAUCAAGGAGCUGCCUUCAGGACACACAGAUUGACGGAGCCAGUGAGCCACCUGAAGCACAAGCUGUGCAAGAGGCACGAGAGACUCCUGGAGCUGUUCUGCACGACUGAUCGGACCUGUAUUUGUCAGUUCUGCGCCGAGUCAGACCACCGGACCCACAGCAUUGUCCCGUUAGAGGAGGAAUGCAGAGCGAGGAAGGUGGGUUUUCGAAUUCGAAUCCUGCGUUUCAAGCAUUCAUCGAUAUAUCCUAAAUGCAUUAAAGCCGUUAACUACAGUGUACUCAGGUUUUAUUCGAGAUAACUUGCAGAAAACAGUCAGACAGCGCAAUGAAGCACCACAACUUCGCAAGGAAACAUCUCUACUGCACAGGCACCAUGAACAUCCAUCCAUUUUGUAACUGCUCCAUCCACUUCAGGGGCGCCAGGGAGCUAGAGUCUAUCCCAGCAAGCAACAGGCGCAAGGGCAGGGCAGAUACACUCUCACAGCAGGGUCUACCAGCAUGUCUUUGAACUCUGGGAGAAAACCAGAACACCCCCGUGAACAUGCAAACUCCACACAGACAG